AUGAAUCCUCAUAAGAAGAACGAUUCAUCGUUCCUAUCAGUCCCAGUAUCUCGCGUGGGCUCUACACAAAGAUUAAACCAAUUGGCAUCUCAUGGUGUUGCUACUGGUAGCCCCAAUGCAUAUAGUUCUAUUCCAUCUACACCAAGUGCCUAUGUUUCCUCUUCGUUAAAUCCUACAAAAGGAAUAUCAGCCGGACCAGAAUCAUCUAAUCAAAUAAUAACGAAAGAAGAUAGGGAAGCAUUUGAGAAGUUGUCUAUAGUCGAAAAAGUAAACGAAUUCGAACAAAAUUUAACUAAUCUAUCCUUUAAAGUUUCAUCUUUUAAAGAAGACGAAUUAGCUCUGUUGAUCGGCAAGUUGAUCGAAUUGAAUGAUAUAAUAUGCUCUGAGAUAGGGGAAUUAAAGAAGCAUCGAGAUUUGGGUAUAAAUAUUAAGGGUCUUAAAGAUGAGCAAGCUCAUUUAGAUAAUACCUCGAAAAUUAUAUUAAAAGAGUUAAUAACAUAUCGAAAUGAACUAAAAAAGUUACCUCGAUUACCUGCAAAUAAGAAUAAGGCUUCAGCAUUUCCAAGUCCGAAUGAUAGUAAAGUGGAUGUAAAUGAGGUUUUGAAAUAUGCUCUGAAGCUUUCUAAAUUUACAAAAGCACCACCUACAGUUACCAACUUACCCUUUCAAAUUCAUCCUAAUAAUUACGUAUGGCCUGCAGAGGAUGCCUUACGUAGGGGCAUGCUAGCGAUGAGCUCGAUAAGAGUAGACGAUAUUAUCAAAGCAGAGUUAGGAGAGGACGCAUUCGAAGUGAAGGAAGAAGCAAUAAGGAAAGUUGAAGACAAUAAAGUUGACAAUAAAGUUGACAAUAAAGUUGACAAUAAAGUUGAAAGUAUAACGAAUUCACCACCUACUGAACGUAGGGGAUCUUUUGGAGAACGCACAGGUGAAUCAAGAAAACAGGAAACCCAGGGUGCUCUAGAUUUAGACUUGUUCGAUCCUGACGAGGAAGAUUUUUCAGACUAG